GCCAAAUGUGUGAAUACUAUCCCCUAUUACUCGUGCACCUGUGAUGAUGGAUUCAUUUCGACAACUGGGAAUAAAACCUUUCGUCAUGAUCAAAAUGCUACAUGUGAAGAUAUUAACGAAUGUCAAAAAGGAAAUCCCUGUGGUCAGAAUGCAUUAUGUCACAACACACAAGGCAGUUAUUACUGCGUCUGCAACGCAGGGUUCACUAACUAUGGCAACAACAUGUCACGCUGCACUGAAUUAAACUGUGAUGUUUUCAAAGAUAUAAAUGAUGCAAAAGAGAGAUUUCACAUUGUAGAUGGCUUAGUGAAUUACAUGGAAAAAACCUGUCAGGAACUUUCAAACAACAAAAGACCAGUACACCUGAAUGGAGAGGAGACUCUAAAGAGAUUCCUGAAUAUGACUGAUGAGCUCUUGUCCAGUGCAUUUCUUAAUUAUAAAAGGAAAGUUUCAGACUUUCUUGACUUGGUGGGAAAUGCUCUGAGGCUCAUAGGACCCUUGACUAAUUCUUCAAGGAUUUAUAUCUCCUCCACUCACACAGAGCUGGACAUGCUUGUACACAAGGGGCCUGUUAUACCUAAAGGAAACAUAACAUUAUCAACUAAGCAUGCUAACUUGGACAUCCAGAUGGAGAUAGCUGCUGGAGAUCCUGCCUAUUACCCCGGCUUUACAACAGUGUCCUUGAUGAGCUACUCAAACCUGGAAAACUCUACAGAUGGCUUCUUUAAUGGAAUGAAACCACAAAAGAACCAGAGCUUUAAGAUAAACUCCAAGGUGGCGACUGUCACUGUCAGCAACAGAAAUACAAGCCACCUCAAAACGCCAGUUAACCUAACUUUGUACCACCUAGAAGAACAGGCAAAUCAAACAUUCCACAUCUGUGUGUUCUGGGAUUCCUCGUUGAACGGAGGAUCAUGGUCUGAUCGUGGUUGCAGUGUGGCGGAGUCAAGCCUGGAAUAUACUUCCUGUUCCUGUAACCACCUGGGAACCUUUGCUAUACUCACGGCUCACAAUGAAAUUGAGGAGAAGUUUGAGUUUCAUCUGAUCAUAUGGGUGUUCCUGUCCCUUUCACUGAUUUGCUUAUUCAUCUCCAUCUUGACAUUCUCAAUGAUCCGCUCUAUUAAAAGUCCAAGAACCACCAUCCACCUGAAUCUCUGCAUCAGCCUCUUCAUUGCAAACCUUGUCGUUCUAGCAGGAAUCUCUCAUAUUGAGAACCAGGAUGGCUGCACAGUGGUGACAGGGAUCCUGCAUUUCUCCUAUCUGGCCACAUUUUUAUGGAUGUGUCUGGACAGUGUACAGCUGUUCAGGAUGAUAAUGCUUGUUUUGAACACCAACUUUAAAACCCUCCACAUGAUGGCAGCUGCCUAUGGAGUUCCAGCUGUUAUUGUUGCCAUCUCUGCCUUAGCUAAUUCCAAGGGACAUGGUACUGAGAGAUAUUGUUGGGUAACCCAGGGAUUUAUUUGGAAUUAUUUUGGCCCUGCAUGUGUAAUCAUCAUUGUAAACAUUUUCUUCUUUUUCAUAACUGUAUGGAAGUUAGCACAGAAGUUCUCAAGUGUAAACCCUGACCUGGAUGAUCUGCACAAAAUCGAGGCAUUCACCAUUAGUGCAUUGGCUCAGCUAUUUGUAUUGGGCAACACCUGGAUCUUUGGUUCUUUCCAGUUUCAGGAAAACCAUACAGCCAUGGCUUACCUCACCAUCUUUGGCAGCCUGGAAGGAGUUAUGCUCUUUACCGUGUAUUGUCUGUUUUCCAGGCAGGUGAGGGAAGAGUACAAACACGCCUUGACCAGAAUUUGUGCUCCUCGGAAGAAGAGUGACAGAAAAGCUCAUGUUUCGAAGAAGGCCCAGGAUACAAGAGAGUGUCAACUUUGAGGAGCUAGACAGUAAUAUAUAUAUAUGGGUGUGCAUAUAUAUUUAUAUCACCUGCCAGCUAAAAACUGCUGACAUGUAUAUUUCAAUUUUUGUACUGGAUAAAUAUCUCUUAAGCAAUCUUAUAAACGUGGAGGGAUGAGGACUUUGUGUACUUGUUGAUUUCUGUAGAAUUCCCCCGGUCAUUUCUGAAGCGGAAAUUGAGUAAAUUGAAAUAUAACCACUACAUGAUGCUAGCACACCAGAAAAGAAGGCUGAUGGUGUUGCUGAUAAGACCACUAACAGUAACUUCACUCAGGAAACACAUCUGGUGUCCCGUGUUUCAAAUAUUAUAAACAGUGAAGGUUGAACGGGUUGACCAGGUUCGUUUUUUUUUCUUUUCUGUAAUACAGUUGCAAAGAGCAUUUAUAAUGUACAAAUUAAGAAAUAUAAAAAAUGUAGUAUCCUCAUUUUGAAUGAGCGCUUCUAUGAUUUGUUUAUAUUAUAUUUUCACACCAAUAUAUAAUUUAUGUAAUAUCUAUCUAUAGCUAUAGAUGCCAAUAUAUAGACAUGUAUAAUCUGUAACAUGAUUUUAUGAAAUAAUAUUGAAUAAAUGAAA